UGAUGUUAGGGUUAGCCAAACAUAGCCAGCUUAUGAUGUUAGAUUGUUAGUGUAAAAAGAGGUGAAAAAAAAAUUGAAAAUCCUCCUCAUCUCGACCCAGUGGCGCAAUGUCGGUUGACAUAGAGUUGGCACUGGCUGCUGGCACUGCAGUGACUGAGUCAACUUUCCGCCUUCCAGGAGUUAAAUGAACCCCCUUCAGGCUCCAAACAAACCGCGUGUAUAUGAGUAGCUUCACCCUUUGAAAUUUUAGAGAGAGGAAAACUUGUGAUUAUAAUUUAUACAUGGUGACUUGGCGACUGGGCGAUUUCUAAUUUCUGUGCCAAUUUUGCAGGAUAGUCGAACUUCAAUUUUGUCAAAACUUUCGGCUGGCCGCCCCAUGCAUGAGCCAUGAGCCAUGAGCCAUGAGACAUGAGGUAAUGCUUGCUCUUUCAAUUUGACUUCAUUAACACCAAAUUUCAAUGUCCAUGAUUCUAUUAUUGUUUUUUUUUAUCUUAUUACUUAUUAGAUGAUUAGAUUAUGCUUGAUUUCUGGAAGGGUCCUUGUUUGUUUUUAUUGGCAAUAAUUGGUAUGUAGUAGUAUGUAUGUUCUGAUGUUCUCGUGGCAGAUGUGUAGGGUAGGUGAAAUGUAGUCAGACUAAUAAUGCUUUACAUGAAUAUAAUAUUAAGAACACGCCAACUGUCAACUGUCAACUGUCCCAAACUUUAGUGCUAGCGCCUAGCUGAUGAAAUUCGAAAUGAGGAUUGACUUGGUGAAUGCCUGAAUGGUGAGACCGAGAGAGAGAGAGAGAGAGAGAGAGAAUUUGAUUUCUUGCUUCAGAAAUCAGAAAUGGCUUCCUUUUUUUAUCAUCUCUGCUACCUUUAUUUUCAUUUCCUUGUUCCCCACCAUUUCUGCCUCCUAUCGCAUCACUCCUAACUAUACUGCUUCAUACCUUCACUUCGUUGAGGAUCAUGGUGCUUUCCUAUAUUCACAAAACAGAACUUUCAAGGCAGCUAUUUUCAAUCCCGGCAAUCAGCAAACUACCUUCUACUUAUGUGUCAUACAUGUUCAAUCCCACACCAUUACUUGGUCUGCUAACCGCGAUGCUCCCAUCUCGAUUUCUGGUAAGAUUCUGCUUUCUUCUCAUGGUUUAACUGUCUCUGAUCAAAACGGCAAUACUAAAUGGUCAACUCCACAGUUGCAUUCAUCUGUCCUAGCCAUGAUGCUUUCCGACUUUGGUAAUCUUAUGCUUCUUGAUCAAAAUGACGCUUCUCUUUGGGAGAGUUUUCAUUUUCCAACUGAUACCAUUGUGAUGGCUCAGUCCUUGCCUGUUGGGACUUCAUUAACCAGCUCGCUCACAGAGUCAGACGAUCAUCUCUCCACUGGUAAUUAUAGUCUUUCAGUUACCACCUCUGACUCCAUACUGCAAUGGGGUGGAUCAACAUAUUCGAAGUUGUCUAUGGAUCCUAAUGCACAUCGAAACUCCAAUUAUCUGGUGGAAUAUCUAGUGUUAAAUACAAAUGGGCUUUCUCUUUUUGCUCGUAAUGGAUCAAUUAUUGUGCUCCAAGUCAAGUUGUUCCCGUCUGAUUUCCGGAUUGCCAAGGUCUAUUCUAAUGGCCACUUCAUAAUCAGUAGCUUUUCAGGAAGAGAUUGGAACCAAGAUUUUGUAUGGCCUCGUGAAAUUUGUGAAAUCCCAUAUAUCUGUGGAAGAAUUAGGUUGUGUAGUAUUGUUGGGACAUCAAAUGGCCCUGCUUGUUCAUGCCCAUCUGGUUUUAAGCAUGAGCAUCAAACAAAUAGUUGUAUUCCAAAUGAAGGCUCUAUAUCCUUACCACUUGCUUGUAAUUCUUCCUACAAUCAAAGUUCACAAAAUUUUCAGAACAUCUCGUAUCUAGGUCUGGGGACUGGCAAGUACUAUUAUGAUAUCAAAUUUUCAGAUCCCGUAAAGUAUGGAAUAAACUUGUCCACGUGUCAGGAUCUCUGCUCCAAAGACUGCUCGUGUUUGGGACUUUUCCACAGGGACUCAUCGGGUUUUUGUUUCUUGAUUCACAACCACUUGGGAUCAUUUAUGUCAAAUGUCGCUGGUGGGAGUGAUCUAUUAGGUUACAUCAAAAUCCUAGAUGCAAUAUAUACAGCAGAUGGUGCUUCCAAUCAUUCUAGAAGUCCAAGACAAGUAAGUACAUUGGUUGCUUUGGUUAUCUUUCCUUUUGCUGCACUCCUUGUGGCUGCUGGAUUUGCCCUUCUAUGGUGGAGAAAACGGAAGAAGUUCCUAGCUGGACUAGAAAAAUCAGACCACCUAAGUUCUCCUUCUUUCGGAGAAGCAGAGGCCUUUUCAAUACCUGGAUUACCUGUGAGGUAUGAUUAUGAGACAUUGAGGGAAGCAACUGGUGAUUUCAGUACUCAGAUCGGUUCCGGUGGCUUUGGUGUUGUUUUUAAGGGAACCUUACGAGAUAAAACUGUUGUGGCUGUCAAGAAGAUUACCAAUCUGGGUCUUCAAGGGAAGAGGGAGUUCUGCACAGAGAUAGCAGUCAUUGGAAAUAUUCACCAUGCAAAUUUGGUAAAGCUUAGAGGCUUUUGUGCUCAAGGAACUCAGCGCUUAUUGGUUUAUGAGUACAUGAACCACGGAUCCCUGGAAAAGACUCUAUUUGGAAACGGUCCUGUCCUAGAAUGGCAAGAGAGAUUUGAUAUUGCUCUUGGAACAGCACGUGCUCUUGCUUAUUUGCACAAUGGUUGUGAAAAUAAGAUAAUUCAUUGUGAUGUGAAGCCAGAAAAUAUUCUUUUGCAUGAUCAUUUCCAGCCAAAGAUCUCUGAUUUUGGGCUGUCAAAGCUAUUAAAUCCUGAACAAUCCAGUCAUUUUACAACAAUGAGAGGAACUCGGGGAUAUCUUGCACCAGAGUGGCUUACUAGCUCUGCCAUCUCGGAGAAAACGGAUGUUUACAGUUAUGGAAUGGUACUGCUAGAACUUGUGAGUGGAAGAAAAAAUUGUUCGCCACAGCCAGUGCAACAAAGCCAUAGUUUGGAUGAUGAUAAUAGUAUUGGGAAUAGUUCAUCACUAUCAUCCAAUUCAGGACUUGUAUAUUUCCCUAUGCUUGCAUUGGAGAUGCAUGAACUGGGAAGGUACUUGGAGCUCGCUGACCCAAGGCUAGAGGGCCGUGUGACAAGAGAAGAGGUAGAAAAAUUAGUUUGUAUUGCUUUAUGUUGUGUUCAUGAGGAGCCAGCUCUGAGACCAAGCAUGAUGACUAUUGUUGGGAUGCUUGAAGGAAGGAUCGAACUUGGCCAUCCUAGAUUUGAAUCUUUAAAUUUUCUGCGAUUUUAUGGACGUCGUUUUUCUGAACUUUCUGUCAUAGGCAAUGCCGAUCAACAAGAUGACUUCACGACAGAUCAACCUCAUACCUCACUUUUGAGUGCAAGUGGUACAGUACAUGGUACUCUUUCGUAUAUUUCAUCUCAGCAGGUUUCAGGUCCACGAUAGUUUCUAUGGCUGAGCUUAUGCUACUAUUCUGUAAAUUAUAUGUAAUACAGAGGAAAACAAGGCAGAACACAAAUUUGAUUGUAGCUUUGUUGCUAUUUCUUGAUGACCUAGGAAGAAGCAGUUGAUGGCACAUGGCAAAGUGCAAUACUAUGAUGAGCAGUCACUUGAUAAUUUGGGAAUUGAAAUUAUAUUGUUCCUUGGCUUUAUUUUUAUUUAUUUUUGACAAAGGUUAUCCAACACUAUGGAUCUUGAAAAUUAUUUUCCCACCCGUACUGAGUCGUGACUACUGAGUAUUGAGUAGGAGGCCAUGCCAGAUUCUGGAAACUGUUAGGAGACAUCUCACAGAAGUUCUUUAAUACGAGAGAGGAACUGUGCUUGAAUUUUGUAGUAUGUAGUAUACAUUCAGAUAAGUAUUUGUCUUCACCUGAUAACUAGUGGUAUAUCAAAAAUUCAUAAUAUGAUAGAAUGCUGUGAUUUUUUUUCC